AUGCGAAUUCUUCCAUUGAGAGCGCUAGGAAAUUUGGUCUUUGUCCAGGGCUUGGUCUUCGCUCAGUAUCUUGUUGCUGCAGGGAGAGCCACUUCGGGUCAAGUAUUUACGUCUUUCAGUGCAUGUCUCCUUCUUGGAUCCCUGAUUGCGUCUCUCUCUGACCUACUUGCAAUGAUCAACAAAGCGCAAGCUUCGGCGCUCUCUAUGGAUGAACUAGGAGUCGUUCAGGUUGCCGAACACUCUAUGUCGAAUGUUUCUUUGGCCCAGUUGAUAUCCAAAACGUACUCAGUCAGUACAAUUCUGGUCGAGGACAUUAGCUUUGCCUACCAAGAUGUUGAAACCCCCAUUCUUGAACGUGUAAAUGCGACUUUCAAUACUUCAGGAUUUAACUUUAUAAUUGGACUCUCGGGUUCUGGAAAGUCCACUCUCGCCUGUAUUAUAGCUGGUUUGUAUGAACAAUCCGAAGGCCACAUUCGAAUUGACGGAAUCACGCAGCCCUUCCGUGGCUACUCCAAUGAGAGCAUCUUGCUUGUUCAUCUGCACCCAUCGAUUUUGGAGCAGCUGUUGAAAUCGAACAUUUCGUUGGGAUGUGGAUCUAUCGACGAGUCCCGAUUGGUCUCUGCCAUCUAUUUGGCUGAUCUCCAGGACUUUGUAGCUUCGCUUCCGCUUGGUCUCAAUAGCACUGUUGAUGAAAAAGAACUUUCUGGUGGUCAACUCCAGAAAAUAGGAUUGGCACGCGCAUUUCUAAGAGAUCCCCCGGUUCUCAUUCUCGAUGAAGCGUUAAGUGCUAUUGACUCCCACUCGCGGAAGAGAAUCAUGGCUAAUUUGCGAGAGAGACGCAGAGGACAACUAACCCUCCUCGUUACACAUGACAGUCAAGACAUUGAGCCAAAUGAUGACAUCUGCAUGCUCAGCGCUGGCCGCGUCACUAGAUUCGGAAAGAAGCAUCAAAUCGGGUCCGCUCUUCCUGUAAAACUUGCUAGUCAAGAGAAGCAUGACAUUGAACACAUUGAGAAAGACAGAGACCACAACGAUGUAUGUUUCAGAAGCAGGGCUGCUCGUUCAUCCGAUAUCGAAAGUCAAUCUGAUAUUGAUGAGAGCUUCGAGAAAGAAUCAACCUAUAGUUUAACGCAGUUGUUGCGGUUCACUUAUAGGACAUGCGAUAAGAAAUUCAUGGUUCUCUUUGGCUGCUUCACUGCUGUUUUGACUGGUUUAGUCCCUCUUGUGUUGUCCUUCUUGUUUUCCAAGAUUUUAUCGAAAAUCGUUGGACACACCUCACCAGGAAUGCGUAUCACUUGGAAGCCAAUACUAACGCUAAUUAUUGCUGCAAUCGCUUUGAUCUUUGGCGAUGGUUGUGUACACUUCUCCUCGAAGGCUCUUCUACACUAUGUUCUGGAAACAUGGAUCAACUCGUUGAGAAAGCUGAGUUUGUCGCUGAUCAAUGACCAAGACAUGUCAUUUUUCAGUCUCCACAAUCGUUUUCCUAGCGAUCUCAAUACACUACUCAUGAACGACGCGAGAGACCUCAGAAGUGUUAUCUCCGAAUUUCUUCCUGGAAUUUGCGAGAUGUUUGCGUUGGCUGUUGGUGGUUUUGUUUGGUCUACCGUGACUGGCUGGAGACUUACACUAGUGGGAUACGCAUUUAUUCCGUUAAUUCUCAUGAUCACUGCUGCAUACGGCAUCAUUUUGCAAGGAGUCGAGGCCAGGUACAAAUCCGAGGUCGCUGAAUUGGACAGUCACUGCAGCAAGACCAUGCUAGGAAUAAAGACGAUCAAGUCUAUUGGUUUGGAAUCCGACCUAUGCGCAGAGUUUGAACAGAAGCUGAAAGCGUUAUUCUCCAUAGGUCUUAAGCGUGCUAUAGUCGAUGGUUUUGGGUUUUCAGUUCUGCAACUCUGCACCAGUGCUGCAACUGCCACGAUCUUGUACUACGGUGUGUUCUUGAUUGGCAAGAACGAGUACAGUCUGGAGCAAAUGCUCUUUGUGUUAACUUUGCUCAUUUUCACCAUAUCUGGUGUGACAAAUGUCACCAAGCGUCUUCCUGUCGUCUCACGGGGCCAAAGAGCAGCCCGGUAUAUCUCAUCUAUCAUAUCUUCACUUGCUCUGGAGUUAGAAGUCGGGGGAGUUUAUAGUGUUGGGCAUCGGACGGAGAAGGCUUCCGAUGCUGUUAUCCUGUUUCAGAAUGUCUCGUUCUCGUACCAAGAUACAAAUGCUAAAGGCUUCAAUCAGGUGUUGAAAAACAUAACAUUCGAGGUCAAAAAGGGAGAGUCUCUCACGAUUGUCGGAAAGUCAGGCUCUGGAAAAAGUACCAUUGCCUCUUUACUACUACGCUUGUAUAAUGUGGACCGAGGCAGCAUUGAGAUUUUCGGCAUGGAGAUUAGCUCAAUCAAGGCCGACGAUUUCAGAGGCGCUGUAACAAUGGUGCCGCAAAAACCGAAGUUUUUCGAAGGCUCUAUCAGAGAGAACUUAUUGUAUGGAUGUCAACUUCCGUAUGUAUCUGAGGAGGCUAUCUGGGAUGUUCUUCGCGCCGUCAAUGCGUUCGAUUUGGUGAAUGGGCUACAGAGGGGGCUUGAUACUUGCUACGGCGAUGACGUCUUAUUCUCGCUGGGAGAACUUCAGAGGCUCUGCAUUGCUCGUGCAUUGAUCAGAAAACCUCGUAUUUUGAUCUUGGACGAACCGAGUUCUCAUCUAGAUGCUUUCAAUACGCAGAUAGUUGCUGAUUUGAUAGGGACUGGGCUCAGAGCCAUUGACAAAGACUUGGUUAUUCUUACCAUCUCGCAUGACUCUAAUUUGAUCAAACAUGCUGGACGGAUAUUGAAGAUUGAUCGUGGAUACGUAGCACAGGAUGGGAAGUCUUCUGGCUAA